AUGUCUAUCGGCAGCUUUCGUUCAAUCGCAAGCAAGAAUGAAGGGGAAGACAAAGCAUCAGAAGCAGCAUCAGUAGCAGCAGCAGAUGUUGCUGCUCCUGCUGCUGCAGGAGCAGCAGAUAAUGCUGCUGCUGCUGCUGCUGCUGCUGCUGCAUCUCCUCGUUCCCGAGGCCCUAGCUUUAUGCCUGGUCUACAAAAGGGUUUACUGGAUAUCCGCAAGGGUUUAGCAUUAAUGAUGCAGAAGAAGGCAGAGGCUCCUGCUGCUCCUGCUGCUGAUGCUGCUGCUGCUCCUGCUGCUGAUGCUGCUGCUGCUCCUGCUGCUGCUGAAUCCGGUUAUUUAUCAGCAGCAGAGGGCAGCAUGCAAGGAGGACGUACAUCAAGGGAACUUUCUUUUUCUUUAUCUAGUAGUCAUUCCUUAGAGAGAACAAGUUCUAAUAUAACAACAGCAACUGCUGCUGCUGCUGCUGCUGCUGCUGCUGCUGCUGCAGCACGUGGUAGUAGUGUUUCUCUUGAUGGUACAGAGAAUGGGGAUUUAGCUGCUGUGCGCAAACACAGCAGCAACAGCGCAAGGAGCAGCAAGAGCAGCAGCAGCAGCAGCAGCAGCGUAACAGGACGGGCUAAGUCUGUUAUAUCCUUAGACUUUAGUGAGCAACCAGCAGCAGCAGCAGCAGCAACAGCAGCAGCAACAGCAGCAACAACAGCAGCAGCAGCAGGAGGGGCUCAACAGACUCGUGAAGAUCCUAUGGCAAGACUGCUAGCACAUAUAUUAGCGGAGGACCAAUCAGGGCCUGCUGCUGCUGCUGUUGCUGCUGCUGCUGCUGCUGGUAGAGAGGAAGCAGCAGCAGCAGCAGCAGCAGCAGAAGCAAUGGAGCAGCAAAAGAAAACACCAAUAGAUGAAAACUCAUGGGAGUCUCUUCUCUCUAAAGAUGUUGCUGCAGAAGCAGGAGAAAUUCUUCUAAAGUAUUCAGAGAUGGAUGUCUCCAAUUUCCGUCCAAGACGUCCGCCUCCUGCUGUUAUUGAGGAGGAUUUAGAGAUAGGAGGAGGAUUUGCUGCUGCUGCUGCUGCUGCUGCUAUUGAUGCAGCAAAGUGUCGUGUCUUUGGUCCCGCGCUGCAGCAAAGAAUUGCAGGAGUACUACAAGAGGUAAUAUUUUCUUGUUCUGUUGCGGGGAGACACCAAGUUACUAUCUUAUUAGAUAAUCAAUUCCCUGUUGCAUCCUCCCCUUAUAUAGUCUCCGUCGUGGCGAAUCGUGUUGAUCCCUCCAUGACCUUCGCCUUUGGACAAAAUCUUCAUCACUUCUAUACUAAUGCAUUAAUUAAUGAUUUUUUUAUUCAAGCAAGAGAUGCAUACGGCAAUGAUAUUAAAAAAGGAGGAGACAAAUUAUGUGUAGAGGGAUUAGGGGCAAUAAAGAUUGUUGAUGUUAUUGAUUGUAAUGACGGGCAGAUUGAUUUAGCCACCCAUCAACUGUCAGAAGUGCGAAAAGAGCUAAGGAAGUGUCUGCAGAAAAUUAUCCUUAAAGAGGAAGCAACGGAGAAUAUGUUGGAGUGUAUAAAGAGGCACGUAUCUGCAGGUCUUCUUUGUACAAAGAUUGAACAAAAAAAUAGAGAAGAACUCAAGGAACUCAUUGAAAAUGUUGCACAGAUACAAAAUGAAUUACAUACAACAUAUAAAAGUCUACAACAUCGUGUUGCUCAUUCCCUUCCUGUUGCAUUUGAAUUAGAAGAUCCUGUGCAGAUUCGUGCUGAGCAAAAAAAGAGAAGAGAGGCAUUAGUUAAGGAACAUGAGGCACUAGAGGAGAAAGCGAAGAAUUUACAAGAAAGAGAGAAAAAAUUAAAAGAAGAAAUAAGCGAACAUAUAUCCUUAUUAGCAGAGAAUCUAAGACAAAGACAACAAGCAAUAGAAAUGCAACAAAAAGCAUUAGAAAUAAAUACACAACAAGUCCUUAAACUUGUUAGUAAUAGACGCAAGAAACACGCACGCAGAGAGGCUCUUAUUGCAUGCGAAAGGGAAGCAGUAGAAGCCAAGAAAUCAGAGUACUGGCAAAGAGGUCGUCGUCAGUGUCCUUUUCUGUUUUCCUGUUCAGACUUCCAACGGAUGCUUCUGGAGACGCCGGUGGUGUUCAACCCUCCACCAGCAAUACCAGCAGCAGCACCACCAGCAGCAGCAAGAGCAGCAGCAGCGGCAGCAGCAAGGGUUGAAAGCAGUGCUGCUGCACCACCAAGGGUAUCUACAGCAAGGGGCACUAGGCAUAUUGAGACGAGCCCUGUGGAUACGAAUUCCUUUGCUUACUUCUUAGCAAACAAGCAGUACACGGCGCCCCCUAGACAGAAUACAAUGUCCUUAGAGGCCUUUCAUGGAGCUGCCGUGGAUGAUCGCACUGCCAUCCGCAGAACAAAUUUAAGAAAAGGAAAUCCCUCGAGGGUUUUCUUCUCCGAGUGGAGAGGUGGAAACAACGCAGCCUAA